AGAGAGAGAGAGAGGUCCUCCGAAGCCAGGCGACUCCUCAGUAGCGUCAGUGCAUUUCCUGGCGACGUUGGUACAGCGCUGACUGACGAACGGAGAACCAUGAGGUUGAAAUUAAUUGCGACCGUCAUUCUCGUCGGCUUCUAUGGCGACCGUGACGCUCUCCCCGGCAUCAGUGGAUCCGCUUUGAACGGGACCGCGAGCCCUGUCAACAGAGACGGUUCCUGGAAUCCUAGCAACUCGCGCGAUGCCGCAGAGUACAGCAGUUACCUCCACCACGAAAACGACGAACUUCUCCGGGAUAAUGCUGCCGCCGAAAUCAGCCACGAGUCGUACCAAGACAAUCGCAACCAAGACCAUUAUGAUUCGACUUAUGACGAUCAUAAGACCAAGGUUCAUCUACUGUUACAACCCGAAGAGAAGGUCGAGGGCCACCCUCUUUGUCCGAAGCUUUUCCGUUUCAGCCUUUUGGGGCUCAUCUUGAGCAUGCUGCUGAUUUUCAACGGCAUCGUCACUGGCGCCACCCUCUACAAAACGGUACAUGGCGCUACGUCAGCUUCUACCAUCAACACCAUCACGAAUGUUAACACCAACGACAACACGGAUAUCAACACGAAUGACAAUACAAAUAUAAACGAAAAUUAUAAUGACAACUUCUUAGGGCGGAGGCGGAAGAGGACGAUCCCAGAAGGAAGCUGUGGCUGUCCCAAAUCGCGGGGAGAAGGUUCAAAGUUAUUUCCUUCCGAGGAGAGCCUCCGGGGAGCGUGGACCGUCGCGCAGGACUUCCUGUCGGAGAAUCAGGAGUGUGCCUCCCGAAUGGCCUGUGAAGCCGCGUCUUUCUUUGUGCCUUCUUCAGUAUCCCCGUUGCUGACAGUACUCCCCUCCAAAAUGGAAGGAACGAGGUCCCUGCUUAUGUCUGCUGCUGCAGGAAACUGCGCCGUUGCGUACGACGCAUGUCCUUUUUCACUGGUUCCAGGGAGGGCUUCACUUGUGGACUGGAUGUAGGAUUCAUGAUGACGUCACAGUGAUCUCUUAGAAUCCCAGGACAUUCUUCCACUUACAUGUUGUACUGAAAUAUGCUCAUUGGUCUGGGAGAUGGAAGGUCCUAAAGAUCUCACCUAAACCCUCCUCAUUCCAAAAAUGAAACUGACGUU